GACUGAGCCUAAAGGUGUGGUCACAUCAUAUUUCCGUCAUACAUUCGCUCCAUUUCCCAUUCACUUCAACUGAAACCAGUCCGAAGGAAAAAUUCAAGCAUUUGUUUCGUUGCAAUGUCCUGUCGACUCCGGUGGAUUUGAAGAUGAUGUAAGAGGCGUUGUCAGCUGCACAGUUUCAGACAUCUGCAGGCUGUUUAGCACCAGAGAGGUGGAGUCUGCUUCGCUAUUGGCCGGAGGGGGAACAGAUCCCGACCCUGGGGACUGACACCACACCCAUCUGUGUAUGUGUGUGUGUGUGUGUGUGUGUGUGUGAGUGUGUGUGUGUGUUGUCCAGCAUACGCUCUGUUGUAUUUCUUCUUCUUCUUGUUCUUUGCGAAUGAAGAUCUGCCUGCAGACUCUCAGAACUGGUUGACGUAAACAUGGAAGCUAACACGAUUCCUCCCCUCACAACUACCACGGCAACUGAACAUCCCUCACAAACCGAGACUCAUCUUCCAGAGGUCACGACGGAGAUGUUUGUAAUUGGCAAUCACACUGAUAAUGGAGAUUUUGCAGCCUUAAUUGGAGGAAUCGUCUGUGUAGUGCUGCUGUUGCUGAUCGUCGCUUUAGCUGUGCUGCUGUGGUGUCUGUCCAGACAUAAAGGCUCAUAUGUCACCAACGAGACAGACGGCUAUGGCGAUGACGAGGACGAGGACGAUGAUGAAUCUGUCCGCUCUGAUACGGCUCUUCAAAGCAAAGAACCUCUGCAGAUUAAAGAGGAGGAGUAGAGGAGGAAAACAUGUAAAAUAUGGACCAUUGUAGCUUUGAAACGUGACGUGGAAAUGUUUUUCAGGGUUGUUAUUUUCCAAAAGUAACCGCCAAAUGUGCAAUCAGAGAACCCUGAAAUCUUGUCGGCUUUGUCGAACUUCCAUAAAACAGCAGAAUUUUUCAUGAAAAUACACCCAGUGCAGCUUUAAAUAACUCCAAACUAUUAAAGGAAAAAGUCUAGUUUUGCAGAAUAGCAAUAAUAGAAUAAGAUUUUUAUUGCACUUCCCUUUUAAAACAUUGUCAUUUCUCACAUAUCUCCCAAUUUGCAAAGAAAUCUGCUUCAAAUCUUGAGUUUUUCAUGUAUUUUCACAAUUUCUUGGACAUCAUAUCUUAAAAAAGAAAAACUCCACCUGACGAUGCUGCUGGUUUCUAGAUUUCUGAACCUUUUCCAAACAGCUCCUGUGACUCCUCCACCAGACAAAUCUGACUUUCACAGCAGAGCAAACCUCCAGCCAAAGGAGGAGGAGAAGCUACCACAUGCGGAUAAACAUUUACCGGCAUUUUAACCGGUGAAUUCCCACCCUGGUUGUUGUAAUAAUUGAAGCUUGUUCCAAUGACCAACUGGUUGAAGGCUGGACUCUGACUAACACACCACAUAGCUCUGAAUCAGCUAAGUGAAAUGUGUGUGUGUGUGUGCGUCAUGUAAACACUAAGCCAGGAGAGUUUAUGUGGUGAUUUUCCAACUUGAAUGCAGACUUCAGUGAUGCUUUUCUGCAUUUCUGUCUAUUUUUCUUACAUUUUUUUGCUAAAUAGAAAGACAUGAUGAUAGAAUAGUUAAAAAAAAGCUGAAAAGGCUUUUAGAGGUCAAAGAAAGAAAGAAAGAUCCGUUUUCUACAGUUAAAAAUAGUGUAGAAGAAGAAGAAUUUUAGUAGCUUAUCUUUUUUUACAAAGUAAUUUGUUUAAAUUCUGCAUACUUACACUUUUAUAAGAAUAAAUUUGACACUUUUUGACACAU